AUGUUCCUCUCCAGCACUACCACCCAGGAAGCUUCUUUUAUCUGCAAAGCUCGGAUUGUUGAGGUCUUGACCCAAAAUGGCUGGAACUAUCUCUCUUGCGUUCAUUGCAGCAAAGAAAUUGAGAAAUCUGGCGCAACUCUCCACUGCAACCGAUGCUUUAAUUCCAAUAUCACCGGUGUUGUGAGGUACCGUGUAGAAUUAUUGGUUGAUGAUGGGAAUAAUUAUGCCAUUGUUGUCGUGUUAAACAAGGAGAUGCUCAAACUCACUAAGCAAGACGCAGCUAAUCUGCCUCUCAAUGAGGUUAUUUCAAAGCCACAAACACUUAUCAAAACUGUUGCAAUCACUCAGAUCUCAAUACAACUACAGGUCAAUAGUGGUGUCAAUGGGAAACUCCCUAAAUGCAUUGAGGAACUUGAAGGGCAGACAUUUAUUUUCCAUAUACGUGUCUCGCCCAGCAAUUCGGCUUCUUCCCGCUGCCCUUUCACAGUCUCUGCAAUCAGUGGGCAGAUUACCACAGAGGAUUUCAACAACUAUGAAACCCCAGAUACUGUAAGGAAAUUCGGCGAAGCAUCCACUUCCGAUUCUGCCAGCAACACGUCAACCGUUGAAGUCGAACAAGGUGGACGCAAAGACGCACUUGAGUGA